AUGAGCGUCGCCCUCCCCUACCGCGAUAUCAACGUGCACUCGUCGCCCUCGCACUAUGCCUUCUCAUCUCCCUCGUCCCCCUCGGCGCCCACACUCGUCGUCGACCGCCCAUCGGGCGACAUGCGCCUGCAUGAUGGCAAGUUGCUGGGUUCUAAACGUGUCUCGAGCAUCGCCGGCAUCCUGGGCAUGAUCAAGCUGCGCCUCGACAAGUACAUCAUUGUCAUCACAAAGGCAGAGCCCGUUGGUCGUAUAAAAGGCCACAUGGUCUACCGCAUUGUUUCCACCGAGUUCCUGUCCCUGCGCGAGAAGCCUCUGCACGACGUUGAUGAGGACAACUAUCUCAAUCUGCUCAAGACGCUCCUCAAGACAUCCCCACUGUACUUUUCCUACUCGUUCGACAUCACAAACACCUUCCAGCGCCAGGCCCACCUCGACCCCUCGACGCCCCUCUGGAAGCGCGCCGACGACCGCUUCUACUGGAACCGCUUCGUCUCCAGCGACCUCAUUGACUUUCGCGGCGGCCUGAGUGGCGGAUAUGGAAGGCACUCGGCCGGCCACCAGCCCGGCGCAGACCCCUACAUCCUGCCCGUCAUGUAUGGCAUGCUAGAGAUUAAGAGGACAUCUAUCAAGGGUACUCCUCUCACCUUCAUUCUCAUUACCCGCCGGUCCCGCCUCAAGGCCGGCACAAGAUACUUUUCGCGCGGCAUCGACGAGAACGGCAAUGUAUCCAACUUCAAUGAGACGGAACAAAUCAUUAUACUCAACGACAAUGCUUCGGGUGGGCCUGGCGGCUUCGGCUCAACCCAGAAUGGAACAGCGGGUGGCAAUGCUGGCAAGGAGACACAGGUUCUCGCCUAUGUGCAGACAAGAGGAAGUGUGCCCGUCUACUGGGCUGAGAUCAACACGCUCAAGUACACACCCAAGCUGCAGGUCCGCGGCAUUGAGAGCGCGCUGCCAGCGGCAAAGAAGCACUUUGCUGAGCAGAUCCGCCUCUACGGCGACAACUGGAUGGUCAACCUGGUUAACCAAAAGGGCCGCGAGCAGCGCGUCAAGGAGGCAUACGAGCAAAUGGUCCAGAUGCUGCACACGUCCCCUGCUGAAAACGUCGAGGGGGAUCGCAUUACCCCUGAAAAGUUCCACAUUAUUGAUCCGGCGCGGGCCCAAACGGUAUACGACCGCCUGCACUACAUCUACUUUGACUUUCACAACGAAACAAAGGGCCUGCGAUGGGACCGGGCCAAGCUGCUGCUGAACCAGCUGGAGCCGCACAUUGUCAAGCAUGGCUACUUUUGCGGCGUCGACAUGCCCGGUGAUGCAGGUGGUGUCGAGGUCCGCCGCCACCAGACGGCCGUGGUGCGAACAAACUGCAUGGACUGUCUGGACCGCACAAACGUGGUGCAGAGCAUGCUGGGUCGCUUUGUCCUCUCGCGCAUGCUCAUUGACUUGGGCAUAAUGCGCGAGGGCGAGAGCGCAGAGGAAGACGCUGCGUUCGAGCAUCUUUUCCGCAACAUCUGGGCUGACAAUGCCGACGUCGUGUCCAAAUCCUACUCUGGCACCGGUGCCCUUAAGACAGACUUUACGCGCCUGGGUGUGCGUACCAAGCAGGGUGCGCUGCAGGAUCUCAACAACUCGAUUACGCGGUACUGCCUGAACAAUUUCAGCGACGGGCCUCGCCAGGAUGCUUUUGAUUUGUUCCUGGGUAAUUAUCUUCCCAGCGACUCGGGCAUGGGCGGGCAGCUCCUGUUUGCCGACCGUCGGCCCUUGUUUAUCCAGUCGAUACCGUACAUUCUCGCCGCGAGCAUCUUCUUGAUCCUCGUCAGCACUUUCACUCGACGCGCACCUGAUGCGGCAAUGUGGCCAAUCCGUCUUUUGCUGCUGCUAUCGCUUGUUACAGCUGCGGCGUGUUUCAACUUUAUCUGGGCCAACGGUACUCUUUAUGUCAACUGGCCCAAACUCAACCGCCAACCCCCGCAAAUCGAGGCUUUCCAGGAUACGCUGGCCAAAGUGUCGCAGAGCAGCAUGGUGGGACCACUUGUGGGUACAAAGCAUGAGAGGGGCAAGAGCGACGCGAGGUUAUUGGGAUUGGAAGAGGGAAAGAAGAGGAUCGAGUAG